UCUUGUCUACCCUGCCGCUUUCUUCGGCUCAUUUCAUUGAUGCUGUUGUAUGAUGCAAACUUUGAAGGAAGGAAAGUGACAUCUUUGUUUUCCGUUGAGAUGUCACGUUUAUUAACUCAGGGCUACAAGAGGGGGUUUGGGGUAAGCUUGCACUGUUGUUGUAAAGAUUUGUUUUGUGAGUAGGCAUUGUCUGAACUGCAAAUGGGGACACAGUCAGGCCUAACAGAUAAGUAAACAAAUGAAAUACCUGGCUGCUGGAACUUAAGAAUAUUGUGGUUUAACCUAGUGCUGUGUGUUUCACUCAGAUUUCUCUUACAUAUGAUGGUGUUCUGCUUCAGUAAUUAUCUGUACGGUGAACGUGCAGAUCUCAUCUGACUCAGUUCCUGUGUGAAUUCUUUGGCCAGAGAAGGAAGCUUACAAAGUCCAAACACAGUUUUCUUGUCAUUUGAAUAGUUUCUCUUGAGGGUAUCUGAAAGAGUCAUAUCCUCUUUCCAAGGGUCCAUGAUCUGUAUUGGUGAACACUGCCUUUGCUGCCUGCUUCUUAAUUCAUGAAAAACUGUUUUUAUAAAUAAACACAGUUUUAAUUGUAUUUGCUAUUUAUUUUACUUUUCUUGCAAGUGUCAUAAUGCCAGGAUUGUAUAUUGAGCCACUUAGAGUGGUUUACCAUUUAUACAGUAGGGUGACUUCUGUUGGAGCCAUUUAGUGCAAGUAACUUGCUCAAGGGUAUUACAGUAGGAGGUAGGAUUCAAUCCUGGAUUUUUUGAUUACAGUACAGUUGCUCUACCCACUAUGCUAUGUGCUGCACUGUGUUGACCCCUGUCAGUGUCUAGUGUCUGUGCGGUGACAGCAAGAAGACCUGUAUUAAUUAUGAGUUGUAUUUAUAUGCCUUCCUUGCCGUUAUUUGUUAAAGCCCUUUUCCCUCAGCAGUCAAUGCCUUUAAGCUGUGCGGUCACGCUUCAUACGAGUCUGCUGCCCACUGCGCUGCGGUGGACCGGCUUCGGAGGCCAGGAGGCAGAAGCAUUGAUUGCAGCGCCCAGCAACCUGCUGCCCUGCCUGAAACGGAAAUGAUAGCACCUGCCCGUGCCCUCUAGUGGUGAUAUGGAGCAGUGAUGAAUGGGGAUGCCCCCGCCAGCAGCGAAGACCAGUCCUCCUGUCCAUUGCCCGACUGGAAGGAGUUCUGUGAGCUGCACGCCCGCACCUCUGCUUCAGAGUUUGCCUGCAAAUUCCGCCGCUUUGUGAGGGAGAACCCCUGCUACGACUCCCCUGGUGCCGACACCUCCUUUUCCCAGCACUUUGCCCGCUACUUCUUGGAGUGUUUUGCGGCAGAACUCAGCCGAGCCCCUGGCCCUGGAUCUCCUGCUGAACCCCGCUACAGCGUUGCGCCCUUUGCGGGGCUUCAGGGCUGCUUGCUGCCCUACAGCUACGAGUUCUGCCAGCGGUACAAGGACAAGGCUGCAUCUAGUGAGUCUCUUGACAGCAUGGACAACAGGACGGGUAGCGCUGCUGCUCGGGCCACCUCCUCCGCUCACAAAGCACCGGUGCUGGGCCAGUCACGCAGCUCGGAGGAUGUGUCUGCUGGACAUUCCAAGGUCUGUUUCAAAAAGGGCUUCUCCCUGCGCAACGUUAGCCUGUGUGUGGUGGAUGGUGUGCGGGAGAUCUGGCACCGACGCUCAUCUCCAGAACCCGACGGUGAACGCAGAGGCUCACGCUUGCGCCUCCCAAGGGCUGUACGAAGCCGCAAAGCCCAGCCGAUGGAAGUUCAGCGGGAGGGGUCGCUGCGCUACAUGGUGGCUGAUGACACUAGCUGCACAGGCGGAUCCCAGUGGCAAAAGUGUCGGCUUCUGCUGAGGCGGACAGAGGCGCAGGCUGAGGGAGAGCGCUUCGUGCUGGAGUUCUAUGUGCCACCCAAGUCUUCCAAGCCCAAAGUAAGCGUACCCAUGUCAGCCAUUCUGGAGGUACGGACCACCAUGCCACUGGAGAUGCCUGACAAGGACAACACUUUUGUUCUCAAGGUGGACAACGGUGCAGAAUAUAUCCUGGAGACCAUUGAUUCACUUCAAAAAAACUCCUGGGUUGCAGAUAUUCAGGACUGUAUGGAUCCAGGGGACAGUGGGGAUGACAUUGAGCUGGCUUCAUUCCUCCACGGCCAGCAUCCUCGAGACUUACCUGUGGCCUCUUCCUGCAGCUGUGAGCUUCUGUCAGAAGGUGUACAUCGACCCCCCCAGCGUUCCUGUGCUCCAGUGGCCGAGAACUACAUCACACCCUCCAUCUGCAGCGGGGAGUCUCACUUCACCCAGCAUCCAAUGCAUGUGCCACUGGAGCGCUUCCUGCAAACUCCAGUGUGCCAGGCACGUGGUGCUGUAACUGCAGGUCAUGCAGAGGAGGCAACAGAGGUGGAGGGCAACAGCAGCCUUGCCAGGUACCCAUGGUUCCAUGGGACCCUGUCACGGGUGCGAGCAGCCCAGCUAGUGCUGAUGGGUGGAGCACGGAGCCACGGGCUCUUUGUGAUUCGGCAGAGCGAGACACGCCCAGGGGAGUACGUCCUCACCUUCAACUUCCAGGGCAAAGCCAAGCACCUGCGGCUGUCUGUGAAUGACGACGGCCAGUGCCAUGUACAUCAUCUGUGGUUUGAGACAGUGUCUGACAUGCUUCGCCACUUCCACACUCACCCCAUCCCACUGGAGUCCGGGGGCUCUGGCGACAUCACGCUGCGUUGCUACGUCCAGGCCCAGCAUGGCCCACCUGGUUCCUGUGCUGCCACCCCACACCCUGACCAUUCACACACUACCAGUGAAAAGUAUGUGGGUAUGUCGCAGCCCUCUACGCUGUCAAGGGAUCCUGGCUGCCGGAGUGAUCCGCACCAGCCCCUCCCAGUCCACCAUGUCUAUGGAGCUGUGCCGUCAAGCGGACCUCUGGCUGAGGGGCCUACCUCGUCCAGCGCCUCUUCGUCACCCGGUGCCCUUGCACCCUACUUGUCCGGUGAGCCCGAGGCUGGCUCUGGGCUGCAGAGCCGCAGCAACAGCUCAGAGCGCCUGCUGGAACCCCACGGUGCUGCCCCUGAGGACUACCAAGACAAUGAGAGCACAAGGAGGACCAGAGCGGUGGAAAACCAGUAUUCCUUCUACUGAGGCCCAGGGAUGGCCCCUGAAACAUAUAAAGGCUCAGCUCUGGAAGGGACAGCGUUACCAGCACCUCCCUGUGACAGGUGGCCCGGGAACACAGCUCUCAUCUGUUGUCCAGUAACAUGUGCUUUUCAGACAUUCUAGAAACCUGUAAUCAUUUUUCCAUAUUGGUUCACUUUGGGGGCGGCUGUAGAAAAACACCUUGGGAGUCCAGUAAACCACAUGGACUCUUGAGUUCGUGGUAUUCUUUUUCUCUCUCACAGACAGAUGUGACAUAAUCACAUGUGGUCCUGUGAGACUUGAGGGAGUGGGAAACAGGAAGUUGCCCCAACAGAGUAGUACAGAGUUAAUUCAUUGCUCCACUUCCUUAUAAACAAGUUAAAAUCUGAAGAAACAAGACCUCCCACCCCCUCACUUAUGUUGGGUUCAAAGCACCCAGUAAACACAGAUUUUAUUUUUUGUGAAGCCUUUUUGCUUUUGUGAAAGCACUUCACGGGUUCAGUGAGUUCAGUGACUCUACAAAAGUAAAGUGGCUCCUUAACACACAAACUUUUGCGAAAACAACUUUUCACUGUUACAAAGUUUUCUAAGAGGUAUUCAGUAUUUAUUUUUAAAGCAUAGAUCUUGCAUACUAAUUUAUAUUGAUCACCCCAGCUCCAUCUAAUUAGCUGACAAAUAGCGUUUAUGAAUAGUAAGGGCCUUCUUUAGUAUACCAGCACCCUGCAUGUAAUUCUCAUUGCAGAGUCAGUUUGUCCAGUACCUCUCUGUUUGCCAGCCCACACCAUAGCGGCAGCUGCAUAUAGAAUUGAUGAUGAGUUCUCGUCCACUUUGUGUUGCAUCCAACAAACUUUCCGUGUAACGAAACAACCCCUAAGUCCCAGUUAAGUUGGUAAAUGGGAACCUGCUAUAUCUUAAUGUUUGUGACGUUCUGUCACAAAAAACAUAAAACAAAAAAACAAUUCUUACUAAUGUACAUUCCAGAUGUUGUCAUUUCUUAUCAACUGUACUCAAAGUGCUAUUUAAAUGGAAAUUUUAAACCAUGUCACCAGCCAGGCCAAGUGAAGGUGCCACAGAAAGUUGUAAGAAAAAGUAACAUGGUUAACUACAGCACAUAUGUAGUAGAUCGACACACUGCACCGCUUAGGGAUUUCUAAGUGUCAAUGUACAUGGUGCAGCGCAAAAUAACAUUUGGCUACUAGCAGAUAAGACAGCAUGUCAAAGGACUGCGCUAGUGUUGCUCCGAACCAUCUGGACCACCAAGAGCGAGAGAGAGUUGGAGAGAUGGGCCGAUUAGGGGAGAAAGGGUAAAAGCCAAAAUACACUGUUUUGGUGUUCACGCAUAGCACCGUCACUUCAUUAUAAGCUCUUGUUGGGAUUUUCCGCAGGUUGUGAUCCCUGAUGAUACGUGUUCAGAGCAGGUCACACACUCUCUUCGCUGCAGGAGCCCAGUUCAGUCUCAGUGCUCUCGUCUUUAGUGUCACAAACUGUCUUGAACAGAGACGGAAGAUAUGGUAGCUGGAAGCUCUUUUGUUAAAAAGCACAUUAUCCAUAAAUUACUCUUCAUCUUCAUGAUUAAUUAGAUUUAAUGCAUUGUUUUAAUUGUUAAUGUGGAUUCAUUCAUAAACUCCCUGUAAUAUAUAAUAUCACCUCACACAAGAAACACACUAGAGAUGUUAGUGGAGGAAAAUAUAGUUUCGUUUGCAACUACCUUUAAAGUUUCCUCCCUAUUUUUGAAAAUAUUUUUUAAGUCUAAAAUUUA